AUGGACCUCCAGAAAGGCACGAUCUUAGUGACGGGUGCGAAUGGAGGCCUUGGUAAUGCAAUCGUAUCCCAGAUUAUUUCAAACGCCGAACUUGUAACUUACAACGGUAUUUUCACUGUACGGAAUGCCGAGGCUGCAAUUAGAUUUCGUGCUACUCUCGAAUCAUCCAAGUCGGCGCCAGUAUCUUCCAAAUCCUACGAGAUAAUACCACUCGAUCUUUCGCGUCUUGAUAAUGUGCGUGAAGUUGCUGCGACCAUCAAUACGAACGUUGAGGCAAGAACCAUCCCUCCUAUCAGCGCCAUUAUUCUCAAUGCCGGCUACGAGGAAUUCGGAGAGCAGACAUGGACCGAAGACUCAUUAGACACAACUUUUGUCGUCAACUAUCUCAGUCAUUGGCUUCUCACGCUGCUACUUCUUCAAAGCAUGGAUCGGGAUAGGGGAAGGAUCAUUUGGAUUAGUAGCUGGUCCCAAAAGCAUGUGGCUCCUGGAGAUAGGCACAACAUUAUGAAUGGGUCAUUCCAAGAUAGUAGAUACAAGACAAUGAUUACCGACGAUCUUGAACCACUUGCGAAGGGUACCUGGAGUCCAAACAUAGACGGCGAGCAUACCUGGGCUGCCGGAUAUCGCCGUUAUGGCGCUUCGAAGAUGUGUGGAGUUGCAAUGAUUCAUGAGCUUCAAAGAAGACUUGACCAGGACCCGGUUCUCAAUAAUGUGUCCGUGCUCGCUGUAGAUCCUGGUGGGAUGGCGACCGGUAUUGUGCGUCAUAGCAACUGGUUGGUUCGAGUCCUAGUAUUUCGUAUAUUCGCCGGUAUGCUAGCGGGUUUGCUAUUGCUCAUAUGGCCCAACGGCACCUGGCGCACGCCACAUAAGUCAGCUCGCGAUGUCCUAGCCGCUGCCCUUAACGAUGGGCCGCCACCGCUCAGCGAGCGACCCAAAGGACUCUACCUCAAUGGUUCAGAACUAGGAGACUAUAAUUUCGAGGCAAAGGAUCCCAAGAAGGGGCGAGCGAUAUGGGAAGGUAGUGUUCGUUUCGCGCGUUUGAAGGCAGAUGAGAUUAUCCUUAAGGAUUGGAUGUGA